UAUACGCGCAUAGUAAAAAAAAAAAUAAUAAUUGGCCCGCCCUAAUGCACAUCCAUAAAUGUUUCUAUUUUACGUAUUUACUUCCUUAUCACUAAAUUUUGUACACACACAUAUUCAAAUUUUCCACUCUUCAUUCACAGAUUGUUGUUUUGAUAAUGGGUUGUUUCUCCAUUUGCUGGCUCACUUAUUUCAUUGUCGUCUGCUUGGAGAUAGUAAAAGUGUACAACAUAUCAUUGGUGAUAUACAAAAUGGCCUUCUCCUUAGCCAUGUUCAAUUCAGCUAUGAAUCCAAUUAUAUAUUGCUGGAAGAAUAAGAGUUUUCGUCGAGCUUAUUGGCGUUUGUUGCGUUGCAAAAAUCCGAAUCAUAAUAAACCGAAUGCUAUGGAUUUGAUAGCGUGUAGUGUGAAUUCAAUACAAAGUUUAUCGCGACGCAACAGUACAAUUACAAUAGCUGUUAUCCCGAUGCCCACGGCAGCACCGAUCAAAGGAACCGGGCCCCCGAUCAACGUGAAGCAGAAUGUGUUGGAGCAAGCAGUUGCUAGUCAAGAACAAAAAUGACUGAGGCGAAGAGCCAUUGUAGAUUUAAGAAAAAUGGUAAAUAAAGAGGAAAUACAAAUUUUAAUCUAUCCCUCAAUUUUUGUAUCUCUUUAUUUCUAUUUCGC